AUGAGUAAAUACCAGAAUAAACAAGACGCUUCGGUGCCGAUACCAAAGAAUAAAUUAUGGCAGAUUCUGGUCCAAAAAUUGAAUGUAAAAAUGCCAAUGGAUUUAGAGAACCAAACCAAGAGAAAAACGCUGUCGAAGCUUUCCAUGAUUGGUUUCAAUGGAGCCGGCACACUCUUUCACAAGCGAGAUCGACUUAAGAUCCCGAAAUAUCAGAACACCUAUCGUCUAGAACCGUUUAGAGCUUUUCACGCAGUGGCGGUCGACAAGAUCAUUCGUGACGUAAUGGAGAUCAAAUUAUCGGCGAUUACAUCAUACCAGCCAGAUCAGACAUCAAAAUUGUGUUUGGAAAUUGCCAGCGACGUGCUGAAGGCUGUCUGCAAAAAGGAUUACGACAGAUACAAGAUAGUGACGCAAGUAUACAUAAUCCAACGCUUCCAACAAAGUAUGCAUACGGCCUUCCAGUGUCUCUGGGACGUGGAACGUGAUAAUUACUCGUAUCACGUGUUUGAAAACAAUCACAUAUAUGCAUGGUGCUGUGUGUUCGGUAUAUAUUAUGAUUAA